AUGCUCCGGCUAUACACAUUCCUUUUGUUAACCCUCACGCUGACGGCCACAGCGUAUCCACUCGCUUCAAUUUCCCACAUAAACCCCAUUACCAUACCUCUCGCCCGUUACCUGAACCUCACCGGCGGAGCAGCCAAGAUUCUGGAGAACGACCGGGCGAGGGCCAACGCCCUCAAGUUAGGAUCCUUCGCUAAGGAUCCCGCGGCCCCUGUCCCCGUUGCGAAUGCUGCAACGUCGUACACUGUUCAGGUCGGGGUCGGUAGCCCUGCGCAAACGUACAAUUUACUUGUUGACACUGGGAGCUCCAACACCUGGGUUGGAGCCAACAAAACCAAGCCGUACAGGCCUAGCAAAUCAUCAUCACGCACCCCAGACGAAGUGGCUGUUAAGUAUGGUUCAGGCUCCUUUUCCGGAGAGCUCUGGAACGAUACGGUGAUAAUCGGCAGCAAUGGAGCAUUGACGAUAUCAAAGCAAGGUGUCGCUGCCGCCAUCAUGUCCACAGGCUUUGAGGGCUCUAACAUCGAUGGAAUCCUUGGCAUCGGCCCCACAGAUCUCACAUUAGGCACCAUCAAGGACGAUCCCAAAAAGACGAUCCCCACUGUUACAGACACCGCGCAGACGGACGGCGUCAUCAGUUCGCGUGAAGUCGGUGUAUUCUUCGCGCCAACGACGUCCAGUGACUCUAACAACGGUGAACUUACGUUCGGAGGAGUCAACCCCAGCAAAUUCACCGGUUCCCUCAAUUAUGUUGACAUCACUUCGACUUCUCCCGCAAGCAACUACGUCGGCAUCGACCAGUCCAUCACAUACGGGUCGCCCAGUGGAACCCAGAUACUUGGCACUACUUCUGGGAUUGUCGACACCGGCACUACGCUUCUGCUGAUCGCCACUGAUGCCUUCUCACAGUACAAGACACUGACGAACGCUGUGGCCGAUAAGGCCACAGGGCUCUUGAAGAUCGCUCCCGCACAGUAUGACAACCUUCAGAGCUUGUUCUUCACUAUCGGAGGGGAAACGUACGAGUUCACAAAGGACGCACAGACCUGGCCGCGCUCCCUGAACGAACAAGUCGGCGGGGACGCAAACUCCAUCUACCUGAUCGUCGGCGACGUCGGCUCGAAGAGCGGCCAGGGCUUGGACUUUAUCAACGGCAUGUCCUUCCUCGAGCGGUUCUACACAGUGUACGACAGCGACAACUCGCGCUUCGGCAUCGCGAAGACGGCGCAGACUCUUGCUAUAUGCAACUAG